AUGGCAUCAAGUAUAUAUUUAUGUCAAGAAGACAACUCACUAAAUAGUAUUGAAUCAUUAUGUGUCUUAUUGGAGAAGUUAGAUGUACCUUUACUACCCGCUGAAGUUGCUAGAGUAAAUUAUCGUAAUGGCAAAGCUGCAUUGUGUUUUAUUCAGCACAUUGCAAACUAUUUUCAUGAAGAAUUAGUUCAAAAAGUAAAAGCAAGUCUAGUUUGUGGUUGGAUGAUGGAUGAGUCGACCUCACGGUCGACUGAAAAAUCGUGCAUUAUUUAUGUGCGAUAUGUUGAAAACAACGAAGCCAAAACAUCCUAUUAUGGUUUAUUAGAUCUACAAGGUGAUGGUACAGCUAAAAAUAUUGUGAAGAAUUUAUCAGAGUUGUGGUCAAAAGAUGGUUUGAAACCACAGAAUUCCUGCUGGUUAGCAACAGAUAAUGCGCCAACGUUCACCGGUAAACAUGAAAGUGUAAUCGCUAAAUUAAGGAGUUAUCUAGCUACUGACUUUUUGGAAUUAAACACAUGUGUCGCUCAUUCUUUUGCACUUGUUGGUUCUCAAUCAGCAUAUAUUCCUAAAAUACAAAAUGGCAAACAAAUAUUUAUACAAACUGACGCUGUGAUGAAGCUGGAAUCAACAAUCAGUAGUAUUUACGAUUAUUUUAAGCACAGUUCCAGUCGACAGUAUAAUCUUAAGUCUUGGCAAAAUUUUAUGGACAGCCCCGAACUUAAAUUCAAAAAACUGUUUGAUAUUCGAUGGUCUUCGAUUCGCGAUUGUAUCAAGCCAAUAUUUGCUAAUAUUGAACCAGGUUUUUAUACAUCAAAAAAUCGAGAACAAGCGAAAGAAUUAUUUGAUUCAAUAUUAGAUGACGAAUUUCUUUUUUCACUUCAUAUGCAUUAUGAUCUUCAUGAAUGUAUUCUUGGCCCAAUUACAAAGUGCACGCAAAGUGACCAUCUUUCAUAUUUAAAUUUAAUGGAAAUAAUACAAGAGAAAAGAACCAUUUUAGAAGGUUGGACAUUUCAAUCUCUGUCAGAUGUUGGACCUGCACUGUCAGACUAUAUUGAAUCAACAAAAAAUGGAAUAUUCGGUGCAUUCGAUAUCAGUUUGGGUGAUCGUCAGAAGUUUUUACACAAUUCUCAUCAACAUAUUCAUCGUCUACUUCAAGAAAUAGCUAAACGAUUUCCUCCAUCAGUUGUUCAAGAAAACUUGUCGGUCUUAUUUGAUCCUCAACACUUAUUUAAACACAAGAACAAAAUUAAUAUAAAUGAAUAUGGUCGAUCAGCACUUAGCUUUUUACGAAAAAAAUAUAAAAAUGUUGUUGGCUUUGAUCAUUCAUCUGUUGGAAAUGAAUGGGAAUCACUUAAAGUUUCCAUUUACGAUUACGUGAAUAAUCUUCCAAAUAAUACUCCAGUGAAUGAAUUUUGGAAAAACUUUAUUUUAUUAAAUAUAUUUCUUAUAUCACCAACAAACUCGGCUGAGUGCGAAAAGGGAUAUUCGGCAACGAAUAGAAUCCAAACCUUUGGGAGAUGUCGUCUCAAAAUUCUCACAUUAGAUGUAUUGAUGAAUGUACGUAUGCUGCUCAAAGAUGAUCUACGAAGAUGCCAAGAGGUUAUUGAUAAAUCAUUUGAAUCUUGGAACAACAUUGACUAUCAUCGUCGUUGUCAUCAAAUACAACUUUUAUUAGAUACACCCGAUGAUUAUGAACCAGCUAAGCAAAUUUGA